GGAUUUGCAAGGAGCAUGCACGGUAGAAUUCUCAAUGCAUUUCAGCAACUUUAUGUUGGAUCUGAAAUGCUUGCUGAAAUAAGACCAAAGGUAGAAAAAAUAUUUGUUGCUCUUGCAAAAAUAAGCAUCGAGCUAUAUGAUCAUAUUGGACCACGUUCACCAUAUUAUAUUCAAAAUAUGACGUUUUUGUUUACUCAAAACCAUAAUUUGCCAAGCACAGAUAUAUUCCAUACUUUGAAUCGUAUAAGAAACGAGACACAAUGUGAACUAAAGAUCAGUCAAAAUAUAGGUGAAGAGUUAAAACUAGAUGACCAAAAAGCAUGCGAUUUGCAGAAAUACUCCUGCGAAGUACUUAGCACUGAAAUAGUGCCUGAGCUGCUAGGCUUAUAUCACAUCUGCUAUCUUUAUGUGUUUAUUCUGAUCAAGGAUAAUAACGACAUAUUUCCUUCAAAUCCCAAUUAUGACCUGAUUCGUGUUAUGGCCAAUCUUGAGAUUUUAGAAAUAUUUUCAAACAUCAUUGCUGAAAUUCCUACAAUUAUUAGCUCACAGAACAUGGGAAGUAUAGCUGGCCUAAAGAAUGCAAUAUCAAAACAAAUGGCAGAUGCUCGUACAUUAGAAAUCUUGGAAACUACAUACAAAGAAAUGGUAGGAAGAUAUAGUCCAUCUGAGAUACUUAAGAAGCUUUGUCAAAUAACAAAAAGUGAUAUGGAAACCACUUUAAGUUACUUUUAUAGCGCUAGCUCUGCCGAGCCGUCCAAUGAUGGGCUGGCAUAUGCCGUAUCUCGUCUGAAGUCUAAUCUCGUUUUAUCGACAUUUGAGUUUGACAAGGUGAAACAAAGCAUCUGA